CAAAAGAAAUUAAACAAAAAAUAUUUAAAACAAUACAUAACAGCACAGUCGCUGUUGAAGUGGCUGGAGGGAGGACAGACCACCGACUUCAAACCCCUCUCCCGUCUUCUGCCUAGCACCAGGACAGAAUGGCAUCAAAUAAAGACGACGCACACAUCGACGAUAUUCUCGCUGAUGAGGAGGAGCUCCAGAGAGCCUUGUGUGUACUGGCUGGAAGCGACCCAGAAAACUGCUCUUAUUCCCGGGGUUAUGUGAAGCGACAGGCUGUGUUUGCCUGCAACACCUGCACUCCCAGUGCUGCACAGCCUGCUGGGAUCUGUCUGGCCUGUUCCAAUAAAUGCCACGACGGACAUGAUAUCUUUGAACUGUAUACCAAAAGAAACUUUCGCUGUGAUUGUGGAAAUAACAAGUUUGGGGAGUUCAAAUGUCAGCUAAUUCCUGCCAAAGAUGAGGAAAAUGUCAGAAAUCAGUACAAUCACAACUUCAGUGGAUGCUACUGCACAUGUGACCGGCCGUACCCAGACACAGACGAUCAGGUCAACGAUGAGAUGAUUCAGUGUGUCGUCUGUGAGGACUGGUUUCAUAGCAGGCACCUGGGCUGCACUGUGGUGGAACCUGAGGAGCUGCAAGAGAUGGUAUGUGAGGCCUGUAUGAACAAGGCUCCUUUCUUGUGGACGUAUGCUGCACACUUUGCAGCACCACCUGUGAGCAGCGUCAGUCAUCCUGAGGAGGAGGACGUAGAAGUCGAUGUCGAGGAAGGAGCAGAAAACGGUGAAGACUCGGAGCCCAGUCACAGUAGGGAUGAGGAACUGACCGUCACUGAUGAGCGAACAAAGCAGGAGGAAGCGGCAAAUAGGAGUUCCUCUUGUAAACGAACUCACGAGGAAAUGACAAGCAGCCCUGCAAAGGCCACAACCAAAACAGUGGCGUGCAGGCUGAAAGAGCUGCAGGUUCAGGGGCGCGAGAGGCAGAGACAGGGAGCGGUGUUCUGGCCUUACAGUUGGCGCUCGGAGCUUUGCACCUGCACAAGCUGCAAGAAAGCCUAUGUGGCUGCCAGGGUGCAGUUUCUCAUGGAUCAGUCUGAUACCAUUCUGGCCUAUGAGAACAAAGGCUUGGAGGAGCCAUUUGGGCAGCAUCCAUUGAUGGCACUGACGAACUCGAUGGACCGCGUACAGCAGCUGGAGGUCAUUUACGGUUUCAACGAGCUGACAACUUCGAUCAGUGCAUUUUUAGACCAGUGUGUUACUGAGGGAAAGACGGUCACAGUCGAAGCUGUACAUCAGUUCUUUGAGGAGCUGCGGGCUAGAAAGCGACGUAGACCCAAUGCGGGAUACCAGUAAGAAGGAAGCAUCGCUGCUAUCAUGUGACUGGUUCAUAUGGUGCUUUUAAUGUAUGUGAAACUGUGAAGAUGACCCUUUUUCUUUGUUGAAUAAAAGGGUUGUUUUUUUUGCUGCAACCAUUGUGAUCCUAAA